AUGUUUACAAUUUGUUGUAUGAAUUUACCGUGUAAACGUUCAAAACAAUCAAAUAAAAGAAAACAGCCUUACUCCUCUAAAUAUGAAAAUGGCCUUUUUAGUUGUAGUAAUGAAGAAAGACGUAGACUUUUAAUUACUGAUAAAACAUCUGUACCAGUUCUUUCCAAAACAUCAACCUCGUUGAAAAAUGAUCACAAUUCGAAUAUUGAUGAAUUAAAUAAACAAAAUUCAUUAAAUACAAACUCUAUCAAAGAAGAAAAUCAAAUUCUCACUCCAAUAACUCAACAAAAAAGAAAUUUAAUAAAAAGUGAUUUUAAUAUAAAUAAUCAACAAAAUGAUUUUGGUUUUAAACGUUCAAUUACUUCAAAUAUUGCCGAACAAAGCCCCCCACCUCCCAGAAGAUUGGCAUUACCUGGAGGGAAAACACAAGUUUUGCCUUUAACUGGAGGAAAUAAAAAAAGGGUGCCUGCUUUGAUUUUACUCAUGGCUGAUCGAGAAAAUCAAAGACAUAUUCCGCAACAAGAUAAUCGCACAAAUAAUUUUUGUGAAACAAUAAAAGAAGAUAUUGCAGAAUUUGAUCAGUCAACAACAAUUAGUGAAGGAAUACUUUCUAUUGACAGAACACUUAUAUCUAACUCAACAGCUACAAAUGACCAUUUACUUGCAAUUCCUGGAUAUUUUAAACAUUCUAAUAAUUACAUGUUUAGACUUUCUUCCCCUUUACCUAAAAUAUAUACUCCUCCUAAAUAUGAGAUAGCCCCUCCAAGUUAUUCACCUCCAGAGCCUCCUACUUCUAACACUGAACAGGAAAUUAAUAUAAAUAAUUUACAAAGCAAUAAUGUGUCGAUAAGGUCUGAAUUCACAAUUAAUAUAGUGUCCGGAUAUAGAGAUUGUCGAUUAAUGAUUCGAUCAAAUAAAAAAACCGAGCUGGGCUCUAAUAAUUAG